UUUAAAAGAUGCGCUGCGCAAUUCUCUACAAAAUCAUAGCUAAAUUAUAAUUUCAGAACUUCAAUCAAGAAAAUUAAGUCAAUUAGACGAAAGUCGAAAAAAAUGUCAACUUUCUAAACUCAAAAUUGAUUUCUUGUGUUAACGUUUCGAAAGUAAGAAAAACUGAAUUGGUCAUUUUGUAGCCCGGACUUCGCUCUAUCUUUUAGCUACACUUCAAAUUUUUUCACAUCAAAAGCCACCACGAAAUAAUAGUUUUUCUAACGGUUGUCAUGCAUUUUUUCAUUAAUUUUUUAAAUUUUGGGUAUAGUAGUGCUUUCAGUAAAAGCCCCAUAACUCCAUCAAAAUAAAAGCUUUUUCGGUCGGGUUUGCUUUGCUUUGAUCAGAAAUGAUUGCUCUUCUCUAUCUAACUGCCAAAUCAAAGUUCAAUCAUCUUGUCCGUUUGCUGAUUGAGCACAUUGUUGGAAACGGAGAGAUUAUCAACCUUUGACGUAUUUUUGUAACUUCGUUCUCGAGCACACCAUCUGCUUUAAAAAAGUUUUUUACAGACCACCAGAAAAAGCACAUUUAAAGGUACCAAACAUAAACUGAGUUCUCACUUUUGCUACACUUUUUAGCGGAAAUAGUAGCAGAAGAAAAAGUUCAAGUCGAAAAAAAUUUUGAGUUUAGAAAGUUGACAUUUUUUUCGACUUUCGUCUAAUUGACUUAAUUUUCUUGAUUGAAGUUCUGAAAUUAUAAUUUAGCUAUGAUUUUGUAGAGAAUUGCGCAUCGCAUCUUUUAAAAAAAACAUUGAGUCUUGGAAACAAACCCAAACCAAGUUAUAAGCAAAAUACGGAGAGGGACAUUAUUUAUGGCCCACCCGUUAGUCAACGUCGACAUACUUCUGAUUCUGUUUAUUUAUUAAAGCAGCCCUCUUCGUAAGUGUACGCCAUCUGUUGGCGGCGCUUCAAACGUUUUCGGAAAAACAACAUGUAUUUAAAAAUAAAAAAAACUUGUAGAUUCUUAGAAUUACUGAAUUUCGGCUAAACUAUCCGUAUUUCUGAAGAAAAGUUCGACCAAUCACAAACCUCACUUUAUCAAAAAUAUCUUAUCAAAUAUCAAAUUUUCGCCCACAACCCUCAUUGAUAGCAAUUUUUGUGCCUUUUGCACAUUUUUCCUAUUUGGAGCUAGAAAUUUUCUUUAUUCUUCUUCUUCUUAUCCAAUUCUUUUAUCCAAUCAUAUGGAGAAUCUCAAUCUCACUGAGCAACCAGUCGCUUGCAAUGAUGUUCGGUUGUAUGUACUAUAAGAGUUGUUUUUUCCUUCUGUUCAGCGUUAUUCUUCUCUUUUCUAAACGCUACCUUGACUUGUUUUGGGAAAAUGUUUUAGCUAUAUUUAGCAUCUAUAAGUUAAAUUUUCUUGUUUCGUUUAUUUUUCUGAGUACUGUUCUUCCCAUUUAGUAGUUGAACUUACAGGACUCCUUUGUUUUGCGUUCCGUUUCAGUACUAAAGAUAAUAGUACUUUUCUUCUUUUUGUAUCCUUUUCGUAAUUUCAAACCCAACCGUUUGUUUUUCUGAGAUUUUCUCCUAAAUUAAAGAAAGUACGCAAUGAAAGAACGACUUGCAUUUUGAUUGUUUAAUAAAAAAGAAAUUUUAAGGUGAAUAUCCUUCCGAGUUUAAGAUCGAUGUUUCUGACGCUGCACAGUUUAUGCUAGGAGCUAAUCUCGAAGUUGGGUGAGACAAAUUUUCUCUGAAUCGUAUAUCUUCAUUUUAUCUAAAAAACUAUUAACGUGUGUUUUGCUAGAUGUCAGAAAAUAAUUUAAUAAGUCCUGGUGACAUUGUCAAUACAGUUUAUGCACAACGUAUAAAAAGUUUACGAGAAAAAUGUGACAAAACUGAUGAUGACCCACAAGAGUGGAUUGAAGCAACAAAAAAAGAUCCUCGUAAGAUGGUUGCUGAAAUGAUGGACGAAGAUCGAAAAUUAUAUGAGCGUAAAAUGAACGAUGUUAAUAUUAUCAAAUUGAAAUAUAAUCAGUUAUGGAAAGAAUUACAUCCAGAUAAAGAGUGUCCAACGUAUAAUGAAUCGUUUCUUGUUUUGCUAGCUUUACGAGCAUAUGAAGAGGAAUAUAACAGAUUAAAAAAACAACACACAAAAUUAUUGGAAAGAGAACCAGAAAUUAGACGAAAAGAACAAGAAUUGUGUAACGAACUAAAUGAAAAACCAUUAGAUUUAAAUAAAAAUACUUUAUUAGUCACAUGUAUGAGUUUCAUCAUAACACAUAUUUUAGAAUUAAGAGAGAAAAAGGCAAAACAUAUCGAAAAAUUGAAUAACAUUGUAUCAACAUUGAAAGAAUUUGAAGAAUUAUACGGAUGGGAGCGUCCAACAAUCGAAACGAUGGUUGGUCGAUUAUUAAAUAUUGAUGAUGUUUCAAAGUUUUCUUUAACGAAAGAAGCUAUUGAACUUAUUGAAAAAGAAUUCAGUGAAAUAUCGAGUCAAGUUCGCAAUGCUGUACAAAAAUUUAAGCAAUCACAAAAUAUUCUAAAAGAUUUGAUUCGCAAACAUCGUUCAUUAAAACCAACAAGUGAAGCUAUAGUUAAAUAUCAAGAGUGUCGUCUAUCAAUACUAACAGAUGUUGAUAGUGAUCUAAAAUAUUCAAUAUUGAAUGAAGAUGAGUUCACCGAAGAUUUACAUUAUAUGCACGAUGAAUUAUUACAAGAAUUGGAAGCACAGUACGAGACAAAUAAAGCAAUGUAUGACCAAAUUGAAAGCUGGAACAUUCUGUUUCGUGAAUAUCAAGAUUUUGAAAAAACAUCAACAAAUCCUGAUCGUUUUUAUAUACGUGGCUAUAGUGCUAUAACAGAAUCAAAAACACGUAAACGUCUAGAACAUCAACUAAAAGAACGUGAAUUAAAAUUACAAUCGUUCAAUGAAGAUUAUCAACGAAAAAAUCAUGAUCAGGAAUUUAAAAUUAAUGGUCUGCGUGUUAUGUCAUAUGUUGCUCAAGCAAAAGAAAAUUAUCAGAAAUCAAAAGUACGUGAUCAACGAGGCACAAUAGGCUACAUUUUGAAAAAAAAAUCAAGUCUUCAGCGUAAAGUUGAAAUUCAAAAUUUAAAUUUUUUAGCUUUUUUUAAAAUUCAAAUAUCUCAAUUCGGUGAUGAUAAAUUAGUCUUCGAUGAACCAGAAAUGGAUAGCGUUCAAAAAGGUGUCAGUGGUUUAUACAUUGUAAAAUGGAAAGACGAUAAAGAGAGGAAUACAAAUUUUGAAAAAGAAUUAGUUAAAUCGAUAGAAGAAUUUGAAGAGAUUAAACAAGAAAAAAUGCUUGAAGCACAAUUGGAAGAAACUGUACAAAAAAUGGAAGAAAUCGAAGAAAAGUUAGAAAAUAUAAGAAAGAAAAGAAGAAUUAAUUAA